AUGAAAAAUUUCAUUGAAAAUGCAUUUUCUGGUUCUUGGAAAAAUCUUCAAAAAGAAAUAAAAGUUGGUGAUAUUUAUUUUGGUGCUCCAGGAGAUAAAACUAAAACAGUUGAUAGGGCAUUAAAAGCAUUAUCAAGGUUAAUACAAGAUUCACAUUGUUCUAUAAAAGCAUAUGAAAAUAUUAUUAGAAGAGGAGAUUUAGAAUCACCAUGUAUAAUUGUUCCAAAAGUACCAAAGUCUUUAUCAAAAGGUCAUUUUUUUGAUUGGAAUGAACAAAAAUUAUAUCCACAUUAUGUUGCAUGUAGAUUAUUUCGUUUUCCUGAUAUGAAUGAUUAUCAUCAAUUAAUACCAUCAUAUCGAAGGUGUAAGGCACCGUUUAAUAGAAAAAGUAAUCAUGUAUGUAUAAAUCCAUUUCAUUACAAUUCUCUUAGACGUCCUAAAUUACCACCAGUAAGGAUACCAAAUAAAAUUGCUUCACAAGAUUAUCAACAACAAUAUAAAUCUAAUGAUAGAAUUAAUAUUGAUACCUCAGUACAAACUUUAGUUGAUGCAAUGGAAACUGAUGCAUAUACACAUCAUGAUAUGAUUCCUAAUACAACAGUUUAUUGUGAUAUGACAUUAGAUGAUAGAAUUCGCCAAUUAGUUGAUUCUUAUAAUUAUGCUGGUAGUGAUACAACAACAGAAACAGGAUCUAUAUCUGGAUCAUAUCAAAAUGAUUAUACAUCAAAUCCAGGUUCACAAGGAUACUUAUCAGAUGAUAUGGAUAGUGAAAUAAAUUCACCAUCAAAUGAAACAGUCAAAUCAUUUGAUGAUGAUCAUAUUAAUGUACCAUAUACAGAACCAGAUGCUUGGUGUUCAAUAUAUUAUUAUGAAAGAACAUUACGUGUUGGAUCACAUUUUCAAGGAAAAUCUCCAUCAAUAGUUAUUGAUACAAUGUACUUAACAAAAACUGAAAGUCAUAUGGCAUUAGGAGCAUUUUCAAAUGAAAUGAGAUCAAGUGAGGUAAAAGAAACUCGUGAAUCAAUAGGGAGAGGUAUACGUUUAUACUAUAUAGCUGAUGAUAUAUAUGUUGAAAAUUUGUCUAAUCAUUCUGUAUUUAUUCAAAGUCCAAAUUGUAAUAUGAGGAAUGAUUGGCAUCCAGCUACUGUAGUUAAAGUACCACCUGGUUGUCAUUGUAAUAUGUUUAGUUAUAGUAGAUUAGCUUCUCUAUUAAAUGAAGCAGCUAAAGUUGGUUAUGAAGCCGUAUAUUCAUUAACAAGAACAUGUACUGUAAGAUUAUCUUUUGGAAAAGGUUGGGGUAAUGAAUAUAAACGUCCAACAGUUGCUUCAACACCUUGUUGGUUAGAGAUUCAUUUACACGGUGCAUUAAGAUGGGUUGACAAUGUACUAUCUCAUAUGAAUUCCCCUGAGAUGCGGGUUAGCAGCUUUACAUAA